AUGACACAGUCCGAGCUCAAAGCCAGCCGCUGUCAGCCAGAGUGCUCACUGCGCAUGCUCUAUCUAAGCCCUGGUAUUGUCUACUCUGCGCGGAAGCAGAGGGAAACGGUUCUGGGUUUCUUCCAUAAACUUGAGUAUCUGAAAAUGCUGUUGGAAUCAAAGGGCUGUUUAAGGUGUGAGGAAUGUGAUAAAAUCUUUAAAAACAUCAGAGCGCUCAACACUCACCGUCAUCUGCACAGAAGGACUAAGCACAAGUGUUCCAUCUGUAAAAGGCAGUUUUUAUACGCUAAAGUGUUCCACCUGCACCAGAAGAAAUGCAGGAAAUACAAACUGCGCUGCGAUAAGCGUGGCGUCAAGUUUUCUCUCAUAACCCAGCACAGAUGGCACCAGUGCGAUCACCAGAGGGCGUUGAGAGGAGGUGAAGGCUUCUGGUGUGAGCAGUGUGGGCUCAAAUGCCUCUCUGUAAAAACCCUUCAAAAACACCUGCUCCUACACUCACCUGCUCGGCAGUACCAGUGUUCACAAUGUAGCUGCAGGUUCCACAAUAGCCGCUGUCUGAAGAACCACCUAGCUACGCACCAAGAGGAGAAGCCCCACACGUGCGACGUAUGCGGGAGGACAUAUGCUCUAAAGGCACGCCUCAAAGAUCAUCAGCUCCUGCACCUAAAGGUCAAACCACAUCCCUGCUCCAAGUGUGGGAAGAGCUUCAUCAGACCAUACCUCCUGAGGGCGCAUCUACUGAAGAAGCAUCCUUGGAGCUGCAAAGAGGACAGAGAGAAGAGGAGAGCAGAACAGGGAGGCCAGAGGAGCGAGAGACAAAACACUGGACAUAGGAUGCAGAGGAGAGGGUCAGAGGAGCAGACGACGCAGAGGAGAGGAUCAGAUGGAGCAGAGGAUGCAGAGGAGAGGGUCAUAUGGAGCAGAGAAUGUAAAGGAGAGGGUCAAACUGAGGAAUGGAGAGGGUCAAAGGAGCAGAGGAUGCAGAGGAGAAAGUCAGAGGAGCAGAGGGGGCAGAGGAGAGGGUCAGAAGAUUCAGAGGGGAAGGACAGAGGAGCAGAGGAUGCAAAGGAGAGGAAGGGAGAAGAGAGGGAAGAGUGUGCAGAAGAGAGAGAGGGGGAGAAGGAACAGAGGGCUGUGUGGUGCGAGCGCAGACGGGAGUAUAGACAGGGCAGAGCUUUCGAGUGCAGUCACUGUGGAAAAACGUUUACAAAGAAGCAUCGUCUGGUCAUCCACACCUGCUCACACAGUGAGGAGGGCAAGCGAUACAGGUGCGACAGGGGCAGGUGCAUGCGGAGCUUUACCACUGUAGCCGAACUGCGCAGACACCUGCAGUUUCACAGCGUCCUGGGAACAAAGACACAGAAGAGACGAUUCCAGUGCAGCCAAUGUGAACGCAACUUCAAAAUGCCCCAAUAUCUGAAGCUUCACCAACGUGUGCACAUAGGGCCCAGGCUUCACGGGACAAAGAAGAGUGCACUCAGACGACACUGCUCUGAGGAUCACCAAAAGGCACAGGGUCAUGCUGAUAAUCAUGAAGACCACAGCUAUUACAGAAGUGACCCAAGCUUUGACCCCCCAGGGCUGCGCCUCUUUCUGCAGUUUGAGGAGAGCUACCACAGAGACAAAAGUGAGGACAGUGAUGAGUCCGGCUCCGCUCUGAGUGCACCUGUGGACAUCAGCGUGGAUCACUACACCUCCCAACUCAAACUGCAGCAUCACCAAGGCUUAGACCCCCUUAUAAUAUAUGAGCCAGAACAAGAGCCAACCCUCAGGAGGCAGGGACAAGCUGAAAUCCACAAUGUUUCUUUAAACAAUACUAUGCAGCUUUACAAAGAAACGCGCAAAAACCAGUGUGACAUGUGUGGGCGGGGCUUCAAACAGCCACGUUACCUGAGGGAGCAUAAGCGACUGCAUCUGGAACACAAGCCCCACACCUGUACAGACUGUGGCAAAGGGUUCGUCAAACCACACCUCUUGCGUGAGCACCGCACCCGUCAUCAUGGAGAGGGAAAGGGGGGAAGGAGGCAUUUCCUGUGCAAAGAGUGCAGUGUUCAGGUGAAACUGGGCUGUACCUCGGUGACAAAUGUCUUCUCUGUGACAGACUUCACUCACAUCAAAUGCUUUAUGAAAAAUCACACUUUAAUUUGACUAUAAAUAAAAUCACUUCCCAUCUCUGCUAUCUCUUUAUUAAAUUUACAUUUGCUCGCAAGGAAGGAGCAGAGGAAAUUUGUGGAUGUUGUGAAUAGGCCACGAAUUUACUUGGUGUGAGAGUACAGGAUACAUAAGGGUCAGA